AUGGAGAUUUCGUGGUUCCUGUUUGUCACCUGGUGCCUCACGAUGGUAACUGGAUUCGAUCUUGGACCGUUUGUCAGAAUCGCUCAGUGCAGAUCUCAAUGUCUGAGAAAGCACACUUCCGAUGGGAAUUGUGAUUGGUACUCUGGACAUCAACAAACUACAUGCAGCAUGUGCUGGCAGUACUGCGAGGCCCUCGAGAACCGGUGGGAGAAGACGAGAACCAUUUGCGAGGGCGACCAGUAUCUACAUUGUCCAGCAUGUCAGACUGCCUGUAACUACAGAAAAAUCCGAGUCGAAGAAAAGUAUCUGCCAUCCAUGUUACCAGCACCAAAGAAGGCGCCCAUCGAUCUAGACAAAUUCGACGUGGCAGUGGUAAUGCGUAAACUGUACAAACAAUGGAGAGUAUCGGGAUACUAUUCGGGAGAGCGUACACCAAACCUGAGACCAGAUACCUGGAUCAUCGUCGCCAUGGAGGACGGCGUGAAGCAUUACAGCUGGCAAGAAUGGGUUCCAAAGCUGGAGUCCCUGAAAGAAGGUCCUCUAUACGAAGCAAGUGUCUCCUGGAAAGACGUACAAACCCAACUUCAAAAGCAGAAAGCCUUGGAGCAAGUCAGAUUCAACAACAGAGUGAAGCAGUUCUUCCUGGAAAAAUAUGGAGAAAAGGUGUUAGCCGAGUGGAGAAGUCAAGAGGACUCUCAGAUCUCCGAUGAAAUAUUCAGAAGGUUCUUCUUCAGGAGGAAGGACGAUCGUUCCGAUGAUUUCGAAGCUGACAAUACACCUUCGACGAGUAAUACAUACAACGACAGGAUCGACAAGGAUCACUUAGGUAACAAGGAAUCGUACGUGGUGUCGUGGGAGCCAGAGACUGGUGGUCUGAUGGGAAAUCAAGUGACAGAUUCAAAUACCGCGCAGAUUUCUCUGCUCCCUGGAACGAAGUACCUCGUCAGAAUCGCUUCAAACGACGGACCUGGAAGUUUUCCCAUCGAGGUGGACACCAGGCCUAAUUCCGUGCAGGCUAAGAGGAUAGAGAGAACCCUCGAGGACCUGUAUCCUUGGGACGUCUACGCUGCCUGCGGUUGUGCUGUUCUUUUGCUGAUCGUUCUCCUUCUGGCGAAGGUCUGCAGAAAGGGUAAAAGCAUAGAGGCCGAGGAAGUCUGA